AUGAUGUCUAGUAUGCAUUUUCCGGAAGCCUUCCUGUGGCAAGUGUUCUACUAUUUGGUAGAAGGUUGUGUCAAAUUCGAGACUGGGCCUUUCAAGAAUCUCGCGGCAAGUCGCUUUGGACAAGACUUUCCCGAAGCAUAUCUCCUUCACAACGACAUCAAACCUGACAAUACUCUUCUCGGCUCGAAUGUCAAGAGAGAUGGAAGCAAGGAGUGGUACCCAGUGGCAAAAUUUGCAGACUUUGGUCUCUCUAUCAUCACAAACCCGUAUGAGGCUCUGAGAAAUACUGCCCGAUUCCUGCAGAAUGGUACAAAAUUGUGGCAUCCUCCAGAAGUAAGAGUUCCUAUGAUGACGGACUACAAGAAAUAUUAUUUCAUGCAGCCCGGGAUCAAUUCAUUACGUCGAGACCAGCAUAAAAUCAUGUCACAAGCAAAUAUUUGGGCCGUCGGUGUAGUGAUGUGGAGUUUGUUGACUCUCGAUGAAAUUGAGACUCUCAGCAACCAGAUAAAUUCCAUCCUCAUGGGAAAGCAACGAUCUUUCGACGGAGUGAACAUCGUGAAAAGGUUCAAGAGUGGUAUUACCCGAAAUUAUAGCGCUGGACUUCUCGAGCUGGUUCAAAGGUGCUUGAGGAUGAGAAUUCAAGACAGACCGAAGGUGAGAGAUCUCUUGCGAGAAAUCAGCGACCGUCGACGAGAAUGUUUGGAGAGGGAGGCUGAGCUCGCACAGCAGACUGGAGAUUUGCAACACUUGUCUCUUGCGUGCACUUCGGACGAAUUGAACAACCUCAUCAGCGGAGAUGCAGCUUUGGACAAGGACGAUGCAUUUUGGGAGGCAUUUGCCGAACGUCUUGUGUGGGUACCUCAGGAAUCAUCCCUGCCAUGUCCACCAUCUGCACCUGAGCACCUGUCAAUGGAUGCAAGCUGGCCAGAGGCUCUUCGUCAGAGAUUGGAGGAAAGAUGGGCGACUGCUGUCAAAAAUCGAGGUCAGAAAAUGUCCGCAUCUCCCGCGGUGCCUAUACAGUCUCAAAAACGCACCGCAUCAGCAGCUUUUGCAGAGCCCGAAGCCCUCGAUGGACACAGUCAGACUCGGCCAGGAAGUAAGCGCGACAGACGUUGA